CUCAGGAAGCCAACUAAAACCCCAGCCACGUUCUUCCUUCCGAGUCCCGUUCCCCGGCAGACGCGGCGGGACUUGCUCCCUCCCGAGCGAGAACUGCUGCACGUCCCCCACCCGGUCCCGAGUUGGAUCCUGCCGCGCCUUCCGCAGCGUUUUCCGGUCUGCCUCCCGAGGCAGGAAGUGCCGGGCGCCGCCUCAGUCGCUCUGCUUCCUAGUGCUCGUCGCAGUCGCGGGUCUUCUCGUCAGGGCAGCCUGGGUUCCGGUGUCUGGCGGCGCUCUAGAAUUAAACAGCCACCAUGUCAAGCAAAAAGGCAAAGACCAAGACCACCAAGAAGCGCCCCCAGCGCGCAACGUCCAAUGUGUUCGCCAUGUUUGAUCAAUCACAGAUCCAGGAGUUUAAAGAGGCCUUCAACAUGAUUGAUCAGAACAGAGAUGGUUUCAUUGACAAGGAAGAUUUGCAUGAUAUGCUUGCUUCUCUAGGGAAGAAUCCAACAGAUGCAUACCUUGACGCCAUGAUGAACGAGGCCCCAGGGCCCAUAAAUUUCACCAUGUUCCUCACGAUGUUUGGCGAGAAGUUAAAUGGCACGGAUCCAGAGGACGUCAUCAGAAAUGCUUUUGCUUGCUUUGAUGAAGAAGCCACUGGCACCAUUCAGGAAGACUACCUGAGAGAGCUGCUGACAACAAUGGGAGAUCGGUUUACAGACGAGGAAGUGGAUGAGCUGUACAGAGAGGCACCUAUUGACAAAAAGGGGAAUUUCAAUUACAUUGAGUUCACACGCAUCCUUAAACAUGGAGCUAAAGACAAAGAUGAUUGAAAGAACUUUAGCUAAAACCUUCCAAUUACUUUGUUUUAUUUCCCCAACACGUCUCCCCAUCCUCAUAGACCUGUUGCAUGCAACUUAGUUUCACAGCUUUGCCUCUUUUUGAUGUAUUUAUUCUAGACCUUUCUGCCACUUAGUACUUGUAUAAUCGGCCUGCAGAUGGGUAUGAGGUUGUAAAUUGUGUUGGAAAAGAGUUUGCAAAUAAAAAUCAACAAAUGUGAAA